GAAAGUUUCAAGCGUGAUGAAAAACGUGAAGGACUUAACAAGCAAAUAAGGCUUAAUAGAGAGCGCAGUCGUACAACGUCUGAAGCAGCGCCCUGGCGUGGAGAUUUACAGCUGCAGCGAGCGUUAUGGAUGUCGCUCAAACCGGAGGAAGAUCGUAGAGCACAAACGCAAGGGACAGCAUCUUCUUCUUUAACAGAUUCUGCUUCAGCAGCAUCUUCUAUAACAGCAUCUGCUUCAGGGUCCUCCUCUUCUCACGAAAAUCCUCGUUCAAUUUCUCGACACUCGUCAAUGCGUGGAGCAGAUGAUUUAGAAGAUUUAAUUUUCCAGGAGUGCGAGUACUCCUCAUACUCAUCGUCGUGCUCUGAAGAUGAAGAUGAUGAAGAACAGGACCCAUUCUGCUUUUCCCCAGAUCGGGAGGACGUGGAAGAACCAGGUAGAAGCUCAUGCUCAAGCCGAUGUCCUGUGUGGAACCAAGAACUUCGAAGGUGGGACUUCGUCCCUAGAACGGAAGUAGAGCGUUUCUACCAAAGGACAAGAUCAAGUCCUGCGUCUGAGCUGACAACUAACAGUCCUAUUAAGGCUAGAGAUAAUUCAUCUUCUUUGAGGGCAUCCCUGAAAAGUAUGAGAGAGUAUUUCCAUUGCGAUACGGUUCAAGGAUGCACAUCAAAGAUGAAUAUUGGACAGCCCUAAUCCUACGUCCCCCGAGCAGACGUGGGACUUCCCUAGAACUACAGAGGAGAAGAAGUAUCAUCUUCCUGAUCAGACGCAUCAUUUUUCUGACGAGCGCCAUCAUCCAAUUAUUACGGCGACUCCUGCUAGCUACACAGACAAGGAAGCUUUGGAAGCCAAUCCACAUAUCGUAAAAAGUGAAAGUAAUAUUCUUUGGCCUGGUGAUCCGGCUUACGUCCCGAGCGCGGACUUUGGUCGAAUGACAAGCGAACGAUCAGCUAGGAGAGGUAGUAGUAGUAGUACUAGAGGCAACACUGAGGAGCAGCAUGGGAUCUCAACCACACAGAAAGGAAAAGGAUAUGAGGAAAAUCGAAGACAGCAAGAAAAAAGAAAUGACGAUGAGCAUGGACCUAUCAUCUGGAAGCAAGGGAAAAAAUAUGACGACUCCAUCAGGAAGCAAGAAAAAGAAAAUGACGACGUACAGGGGCCUAUCAUUUGGCGACAUCGCGGCGAC